GAAUAUAAUUACUAUUUAUUUUUAUUUUUAUUUUGUACUUGUCGUGUUGUCAACGGUUCUCUGUGUUGGCUGUAUUAUAAAGCGGGCAUGGCGAUGUCGGCGUAUGCUCCGUUCCCCACGCACUCACUCACCUCAUUCGCAACCACCACACACUUUGAUCUCACGCCAAUUGACUCUCAUCUCUACAGAGUCGUAUUUUCAUAGACUGCCAAAUAUGAAUUCGAUACGACUGCGCCCCGCAUGGUGCAGAAACCUAGCCGGAGCCCGCUGUAGCCGCCACAACACGCCUACUCACUGCAUCACCUCAUCACGCAAUUCCUCAUCCUCAUCAUCGGCGGCGGCAGUCUCCAAAGCAGAGGCCAACUACAAAAUCAUCGACCGCGCCGCCGACUUUGAAAAGAAGCAAGCCUCCCGCCCGCCCUUUGACAACUCCAACGCGCCCAUCCUCGUAACAAAACAGCCCAACCCAACAUGGCAGUACGGCGACGGCGUGCCUGGUCGAGACCUAACAAUCCCCCAUCGCCAAAUCGAUCCGUACGCCGCGGACCGUGCCAUGGUCGACAACUACAAGCUUCUUAUUAGCGCUAUUGCUCCACGGCCCAUUGGACUCAUCAGCACGCGCGGCAAAGACGGCUCCAAGAACCUCGCGCCAUUCAGUUACUUCCAAGUCGUGGAUCACGACCCGCCGACUUUUAUCGUGGGCUUUUCAUCGCGGCCAGGCGCCGAGAAGGACACAUUCCGCAAUCUCCAGGAGACGGGGGAGUGUGUAAUCAACACGGUCUCCGAGGACAUGAUUGAGGCUGUGAAUGCCGUGGCGGUAGAUGCGCCGCACGGGGUCUCGGAGUGGGCGAUUUCAGGACUACAUGAGGCGCCGGCGGCAGUGGUGCAGGCAUCGAGGGUGAAAGAGUCGGUGUUUUCGGCGGAGGCGGAAGUUGUGGAUGUGAAAGUGCUUGGUGAGGGUAAGAGUGGUAUGAGUAAGGCGGGCGUGGUGAUGUUGAAGGCGGUGAGGUUCUGGGUGCGUGAGGAUGCGACGGAUGAGGGUGGACGGACGGUGGAUUUGGAGAAGUUGCGCCCGAUUGCGCAGUUGGGCGGGAUGGCGUAUGGGCGGGUCAAGGAGACGUUUGAGUUGCCGAGAAGGAGGUGGGUGGAUGAGGUGGUGAAGAGUGAGAGGUUGGCGAAGAUGGUGAAUGUCAGGGAGGAGACUAAGAAAGAUUAACUGAGGACGAAGGGAGAGAGAAGAACAAAGAAAGAGAGGAAG